UUGCAAUUUCUGUGCAGCAUAAGUCGACGCCCUUGACUCAGUCCCCUUCUUCUCUACAAUCUUAACCACCUCCACACCACAUGUGCUUCAUUUCUUUCUCCAAUCCAACCGUCUCUCUAGGCAAAGCAAAUACCAUCGUACCGCAGAGGCCAUCGGUUCCCCUAGCGCCGUGCGCUGGUUUGAUUCCUCUGCCGACGCAGGCAUCUUGGUUGCUGGUGGUGGUGGUGGUGGUGUCCGAACCGGUGUGUGGAACUGUUGGGUGCGGACCCAGGUCAUCUCCUCCUUCUCCGCUCCUUCAUACUCGCAGUCUGCUUAGUAUAUGCUCAAUCCCAUCCCAUCCUAUCCUAUCCCAUCCUUCGCCAUGUGAAUGUCUCCGUGUGUGACCUCAGUUGCACGAGCUUCGGGUUGAGUGGCUGAUCAAGGGUUGUUGGAGGUAGGAGCUGUACGAUCUCGCCUUGUUGGUGCCCGUGCUGCAGAAAGGGCCCAGUCGCGCUUGUUAUUUGUUGGAGUUUGGUUUGUCAACUGUGAGUUAGCGUUGAGCGUUUUUAAGGAGGGACUGCCUGCGUCAUCGAUCGUGGCUUGUGUCUUUGGUUGGCUGUUGGGGGGUUGGUUGUGGGAGUUUGGAUGCGCCUGAUUUCGUUACAGGCUAUGCGUGCUCUCAGAUUUCGACGUGGGUGCCUCACAUCGCCCGUGCGUGGUGCCCCAUAUGACUCUGUAUACUCGUGUUAGCUGCUGAGCUCUGUUGGGGCGUACGACACAUCUAUAUACUCAAAACUUUACUGAUCUCUAGAUUGGAGAGAACUUCUGGGCGGUUGUGGUCAUAUCAAAGCUCGCACGUAUUUGCUCCGAGCGGGAGGGUUUCUGCGGGGACAGUUCAUGAAUUUGACAAUAUCAAGCAUCCUUGAGCACGGGAAGCCAAAGUCGAAGACUUGGUGGGAUUCCUGCGGGGGCAGCAACAAAGGUAGAGAACAGGGGUUGCUUCUACCGAGCAAAAUAGACUCUUCAAGAGUCAAGAAGGAAAUUGAAGAGUGCAAGUCUGAGUCCAGUCAGGAAGGGGAGAGGAAAGGAAUGCGGUUAGCUGCGAAGGACAAUAGCGGUAGGAAUGCUUCUAGAUUUCGGAACAUUGAUUUGAAUAAGAUGCCAUCGGCAUGGGACACAGACGACGCCAGUGUUGGCACUGGCGAUACGACUGCCUUCAGAGGAGUUCGUCACCGGCCUGAAUUGAACAAGUGGGUGACGGAAAUUCGACCCACAUCGCAGAAGCGCAAGAUCUGGCUGGGUACGUAUGAAACCCCGGAAGAGGCAGCGCGUGCGUACGACGUGGGCAUCUUCUACACGAAGAAAAAAAUCCCUUACAAUUUUGAGGACUCGCCGCAGCAGCUCCAGCUGCACCCAAUCCCCCCGGAGCUACCAUGGGAGAGCUUCGCCGCCCUUGUGAAGCAGAGGGCCACUUCUGCUGCCAAGCGUGCGAGAGUGCCGUCUUCCAGCUAGAGGCAGAGGAAGGCAGACUGAUACAUUUAGCGGCCAUCGGUUUUAGGUUGAAUCGGCCAGUGCAAAGCAAAUAGUCUGGUCGGCUGAGAAUCAUCACUGUCAUCGUCAUCGGAUUCUGAGGCACCAAUCUAUGUGGGCCAUGAUGUUCAUGUUGUUCGAAUGAGUUGCUUGAAGAUACGGUUUCCAACCACUUGACCAUGAAGCGAAGCCCACAUGGGGGCAGUGAAAUGGAGUUCAUGAUAGCUCGUAGGUGGUUUUGUUCAGAACAAUAAUGCCAUCUCUCAUGGCGUCAAUGGCCACCAUGGAGAGAGAGAUGCCGUGUGUGCAAGGUGCGCAUACGACGGAAAGAAGAAAAGAGGAAGAGAAUUGCUGUUUCGUGAUUAUCGGACUCCGUGCUCUUGAUCUUGUCCACGUCGUGCUAAGUGUCUCGAUAUUCCUUCAUGCUGAACUAUGCCGAAAGCCUCGUUGCCACAAUUUUUAUGUUAGGAGAGAGGGAGAGAAAUCAAGCAGAUCGAAAGCGGUCACUUGGACUAAACUAUGUCCUGUCGCCAAGUCCUCGACUGAGGAACGUGUAUAGUAGGUAUGAUGAGGUGGGAUGAAUCGCUUGUAGCCGGUCUUUCUGUCUCCCUUUUAUUUUGUUAUGGAUUUAUUUUAUGAACCAUCUCGGUUACCCGCCAGUACAGAAACUGGCAGUUAUGAUAAUGUUUCAUCCUACCGAAGUCCUUUGCACCUGGUUGCAUAGCUUCAUCAAGGGCUUUUCCGUUGCGUCUUAAAAAUCUUGCAUCGGCAGCUAGAGUCUAGGUUUUUGUCAACAACUCUCGGAGAAAUGAGAAACCAUUCCAUUUAUGUUCAAUGAA